ACAUGAAAUUUUAUUGUAAUAUAUCAUAACUUCGUCAUAUUACCGAACACCAACACCGAUUGUGUGUUUUUUUUUUUCUAGCAUAGUUAGCGGUGACAUUGAAUUGAAUCUCCAAGUUGAGCUCACUAUGGGACGUGAAACAGUCAAAAUGGGGAAGUUUUGUUGAGAAUCACGGUGAGAUGGGGCCAUGAAAUUCAAUUUCCUAACUCGUUUAUCGCGCGGAAUAUCAUAAAGAAAUUGCUGAUUAUCAAUUCGAUGCUUCAAUCUUCACAUAUAUAUGUAUAUGUUAAUAUAUAUAUAUUAUAUAUAUAUAUUCUUCAAAUCCCCAUUUCUCUCGUACUUUCAAGCUUCAACAAUAAUCAAGAAAACCAGAGAAACCCACGAAGAGUGAGAGACCAAGAAAGUGACUGAUCGUGUUUGUGUUGCGAGAUUCUUCUCUUUGCCUCUCUUUCCCGCUUGUUCGUCUCUUUCCCAGAACUUGAAAAAGUUCCCAUUUUCACUAAUUAACGCCUGAGACUGGAGCUCGAUAAGAAAAGGAUCAUUUAUGGAAGCCGACGCAGGAAGAGGUUUGGGAUGCCAGAAGACUAUGGAUGGGAGGGCGAGUAAUGGGAUUCUUACAAAGAAGGAGAUUCCUUCUUGUUGCUUAAAGGCUAGGGCUUCAGUCCCUGAGCUUGAGGCCAAGUGCCAUUCCACUGUUGUUUCUGGGUGGUUUUCAGAACCUCAGUUUGCUUAUGAUGACGGAAAGAAAAGGGUCUAUUUCAACAAUCCGAUGUGGCCUGGAGAAGCACACUCCCUCCAAGUAGAGUCUAUAUUAUUUAAAGGGAAGUCAGAGUUCCAAGAAGUGGUCGUUUUUGAGUCCACUACAUAUGGGAAAGUGCUUGUUCUAGAUGGUAUUGUCCAGUUAACUGAGAAAGAUGAGUGUGCCUACCAGGAGAUGAUUACUCAUCUGCCCCUCUGUUCAAUUCCAUCUCCCAAAACGGUUCUUGUUGUUGGUGGUGGUGAUGGUGGAGUUCUGAGUGAAAUCUCUCGUCACAACUCUAUAGAGCAUAUAGACAUAUGUGAGAUAGAUCAGAUGGUCAUAGAUGUAUCUAAGGAGUUUUUUCCUGAUUUAGCUAUAGGAUUCGAGGAUCCCCGCGUCCACCUUCACGUUGGUGAUGCUGUUGAAUUUCUACGGCGUGCACCAAGAGGGAAAUAUGAUGCAAUCAUCGUUGAUUCCUCAGAUCCUGUUGGGCCUGCUCAGGAGCUAGUUGAGAAGCCAUUCUUUGAGACGCUAGCAAAAGCAUUGAAGCCUGGUGGUGUCCUCUGUAACAUGGCAGAAAGUAUGUGGCUACAUACACAUCUUAUUGAUGAUAUGAUCUCUAUAUGCCGUGAAGUUUUCAAAGGAUCCAUUCAUUAUGCAUGGGCGAGUGUUCCAACUUAUCCAAGUGGUGUGAUAGGUUUUUUGCUAUGCUCAACCGAAGGGCCACCUGUUGACUUUAAAAAUCCUAUUAAUCCCAUUGAGAAGUUAGAAGGUGCAGUGAAGCAUAAAAAAGAUCUCAAGUUCUACAAUUCAGAGAUGCACUCGGCUGCUUUUGCCUUGCCAUCAUUUCUGAGGAAGGAGGUGAAGGCACUUGUUGAUUCUCCGAACCCAUCACAAAACUGAUUCCCCCAUAUGAGGCAACGCCCAGGUCCAAGCCAUUUUUCUGUUUGGUUUUCACAGGUAGGGAAGAUGAUCUGAUUUGAUGGAGUGGAUCCAGAUAAUAUUUAUGGUAUUUUGGAGUGUAGAGGAAGCCAUAAGCUCUAUUUUUCUGGCAUUUUCAUAACUUACCAUGGUAGUAGUUGUAUCUCCUGUGAGGAUGAAACUUUGAUGUCAUUCCAUUGCUGAGUUUCUUUAUGUAGAUGACUGAUUUGAAGCAAUCCUCUCUAAAUAGAAUCCCUGCCUUUGUUCUUAUCAUUCUUCCGUGUGUGGAUGAUGUUGUGGAACUCUCCAGCUGAGAUUCAAAGCUAUAACAUGAAUUUGUGUCUGUAUUCUUUGCA